CAUCAGACCUGGCAUGGCCGAUCACCAACGAACCACAUGAUGCACCCAUCCAAUCAUAAGCGACAGUCUGCUCGUCAGCUGGCUCUCGCCGCAUAUUUCACCUUCCACUGACCACCCCUCCCUCGAGGUUUCGCUGUUUGGCAUCGUGGACUGCAGCAUCAGCCGUGUUGCCUCUCCGCCAAAGAGCAUGGAAGACCUCCGCGACCCCUUGUCGGAUCCAUCGAGAUAUCCGCUCUGCUACCGCAUGGCCGAGUCCGGGCCGGUGCUUCUCCGUGAGGUGCUCGAGCGAAGAGGUUGGUUCAUGCCAUCGCCGCUCUAUGCACUCUCAGUUGCGCGAAAGUGCUUCGGGGAACUGGAUCGCGGGAGGCAGACCUGCUGCCGAUUCCGCCUGUCGGACUACGAAAGCUGCUCGUCCUUCCAGCGCAUCAAUCACUUUCCGAACACGGCCGUUAUCACCAAGAAGGUUGUGCACUGCAGUAUGCCGCUAGCCUUGCAUCAGGGCGAUGCCGAUGUGUCGAAACAGGAGCUGACAGAUGCGUUGCUCCAACGUGCCAAAUACAGGACAGUCUCUUCCGUCUGCUGCACGUUCACGCUCCCGAACGACUACACCAAGUUUGUGCGCGUGUACUCUGAUGAAGAUGAGAAGGGUAAAAAGGGCGCAUGGAUCUGCAAGCCGGCGGAUCUGAGCCGUGGACGAGGUAUAUUUGUGUUCAGAGACCUUACCGAGCUGACGUAUGACUUUCAUGCCGUCGUCCAGCGAUACAUCUCUGACCCACAGGUCAUAUCUGGCUACAAAUACGAUAUUCGAUGCUAUGUCCUUGUGCGCUCAUACAACCCGCUCACAAUCUACCUGUACGAGGAGGGUCUCACUCGUUUUGCAACGGUGCCCUACGACAUCAACAGUCUCUCGGACAAAUUCGCCCACCUCACCAACACAUCCAUCAACAAGUACAGCCCAACCCUCCACACGUGCAAAGACGAUGUUGGCCCGGGCUGCAAAUGGACCCUUGGAAAGCUCAGAAUCUACUUUUCGAACCGCGGAUGGGACUUUGAUCGAGUUUGGAGCAGAAUGAAAGGCCUCAUCAUCUUGACACUGCUCCCGCUGGCACCAAAUAUCAAGCCCGUGUCCAAUGGCUGCUUUGAGCUCUAUGGGUUUGAUAUUCUACUCGACCAAGCGAUGAAACCAUGGUUGCUGGAGGUCAACUUGAGCCCAGCACUCGCGGCGGAUACCCAGACCGACCUCGAUGUAAAGAUUCCACUUCUCGAUGAUGUAGUGACUGCUAUUGGAAUCAAAGAAAGCGAUGGAGAAGCCGCCAUGCUGGAGGUGUUGAAUCUGGAUCAAAAGCCACCAAAGCCACCAAGGUCCCCCAUAUCGAGGCGAACCUCGACGCCCAAGAUACCAGAAAGGUUCGCGGGCCCAUGCUUCCCGGACCGAGUUGGCCAAUUCACCAAGAUCUACCCAUUCAGACUGGGGAAGCCGCAGAGUCUCCAACCCACCAAGGACAACCUCAGAAGCAUUGUCGCAGAAGUUCGAAAGGAGUAUCUAUCAUAGCACCGCUGCAACUCCUCCAGUGCCAUUUCAUUGGUUUCAGAGCAUAUCGCGCAUAUAGGUGUCGGACAUGGG